GGAAGAGACCGCCCCGUGGGCGGAAGUGACGCAAGGCCUACUGUCGGCUGUGAGGGUAGGUGUAGCCGGUCUUUGGGGGUAGGCGGUGGUGGCGGAAGAGGUUCAGCGGCUGAUGGCGGAUCAGGAUCGGAAGCCUGUGUAACUUUCUCCCUUGGUCCGGGAGUCUUUCCACUGGAUUCACAAUGGCAUCCUUUCAAGAAGUCCCAUUGCAGACUUCCAACUUUGCCCAUGUCAUCUUUCAAAAUGUGGCCAAGAGUUACCUUCCUAAUGCACACCUGGAAUGUCAUUACACCUUAACUCCAUAUAUUCAUCCACAUCCAAAAGAUUGGGUUGGUAUAUUCAAGGUUGGAUGGAGUACUGCUCGUGAUUAUUACACGUUUUUAUGGUCCCCUAUGCCUGAACAUUAUGUGGAAGGAUCAACAGUCAAUUGUGUACUAGCAUUCCAAGGAUAUUACCUUCCAAAUGAUGAUGGAGAAUUUUAUCAGUUCUGUUAUGUUACCCAUAAGGGUGAAAUUCGUGGAGCAAGUACACCUUUCCAGUUUCGAGCUUCUUCUCCAGUUGAAGAGCUGCUUACUAUGGAAGAUGAAGGAAAUUCUGACAUGUUAGUGGUGACCACAAAAGCAGGCCUUCUUGAGUUGAAAAUUGAGAAAACCAUGAAAGAAAAAGAAGAACUGUUAAAGUUAAUUGCCGUUCUGGAAAAAGAAACAGCACAACUUCGAGAACAAGUUGGGAAAAUGGAAAGAGAACUUAACCAUGAGAAGGAAAGAUGUGACCAACUGCAGGCGGAACAAAAGGGUCUUACUGAAGUAACACAAAGUUUAAAAAUGGAAAAUGAAGAGUUUAAGAAGAGGUUCAGUGAUGCUACAUCCAAAGCCCUCCAGCUUGAGGAAGAUAUUGUGUCAGUAACACAUAAAGCAAUUGAAAAAGAAACUGAGUUAGACAGUUUAAAGGACAAACUCAGGAAGGCACAACAUGAAAGAGAACAACUUGAAUGUCAGUUGAAGACAGAGAAGGAUGAGAAGGAACUUUAUAAGGUACAUUUGAAGAAUACAGAAAUAGAAAAUACCAAGCUUAUGUCAGAGGUCCAGACUUUAAAAAAUUUAGAUGGGAAUAAAGAAAGCGUGAUUACUCAUUUCAAAGAAGAGAUUGGCAGGCUGCAGUUAUGUUUGGCUGAAAAGGAAAAUCUGCAAAGGACUUUCCUGCUUACAACCUCAAGUAAAGAAGAUACUUUUUUUUUAAAGGAGCAACUUCGUAAGGCAGAGGAACAGGUUCAGGCCACUCGGCAAGAAGUUGUCUUUCUGGCUAAAGAACUUAGCGAUGCUGUCAAUGUACGAGACAGAACAAUGGCAGACCUGCAUACUGCGCGCUUGGAAAAUGAGAAAGUGAAAAAGCAGUUAGCUGAUGCAGUUGCAGAACUUAAACUGAAUGCUAUGAAAAAAGAUCAGGACAAGACUGAUACACUGGAACACGAACUAAGAAGAGAAGUUGAAGAUCUGAAACUCCGUCUUCAGAUGGCUGCAGACCAUUAUAAAGAAAAGUUUAAGGAAUGCCAAAGACUCCAAAAACAAAUAAACAAACUUUCAGAUCAAUCAGCUAAUAAUAAUAAUGUCUUCACAAAGAAAAUGGGGAAUCAACAGAAAGUGAAUGAUGCUUCAGUAAACACAGACCCAGCCACUUCUGCCUCUACUGUAGAUGUAAAGCCAUCACCUUCUGCAGCAGAGACAGAUUUUGACAUAGUAACAAAGGGGCAAGUCUGUGAAAUGACCAAAGAAAUUGCUGACAAAACAGAAAAGUAUAAUAAAUGUAAACAACUCUUGCAGGAUGAGAAAGCAAAAUGCAAUAAAUAUGCUGAUGAACUUGCAAAAAUGGAGCUGAAAUGGAAAGAACAAGUGAAAAUUGCUGAAAAUGUAAAAUUUGAACUAGCUGAAGUACAGGACAAUUAUAAACUUCAAUUGGCAGAGAAAGACAAAGAAAUAAGUGGUCUGACUUCACAUUUGGAAAACCUCUCCAGGGAGAAGGAACUUAAAAGGAGUCUAGAAAAUCAAGCAGAAAGGAAAAUGGAAGGUCAGAAUUUCCAGAGUCCUCAAUGUCUCAACACAUGCUCAGAGCAAAAUGGUUAUGUUCUAACACUAUCAAAUGCACAACCAGUUCUGCAAUAUGGUAAUCCUUAUGCAUCUCAGGAAACAAGAGAUGGAGCAGAUGGUGCUUUUUACCCAGAUGAAAUACAAAGGCCACCUGUGAGAGUCCCUGCUUGGGGACUAGAAGACAAUGUUGUCUGCAGCCAGCCUGCUCGAAACCUUAGUCGACCUGAUGGCUUAGAGGACCCUGAGGAUAGCAAAGAAGAUGAGAAUGUGCCUACUGCUCCUGAUCCUCCAAGUCAACACUUACGUGGGCAUGGGACAGGCUUUUGCUUUGAUUCCAGCUUUGAUGUUCACAAGAAGUGUCCCCUCUGUGAGUUAAUGUUUCCUCCCAACUACGAUCAGAGCAAAUUUGAAGAACAUGUUGAAAGUCACUGGAAGGUGUGCCCGAUGUGCAGCGAGCAGUUCCCUCCUGACUAUGACCAGCAGGUGUUUGAAAGGCAUGUGCAGACCCAUUUUGAUCAGAAUGUUCUAAAUUUUGACUAGUUACUUUUUAUUAUGAGUUAAGACAGUUUAGCGGUAAAAAAAAAAAAAAAAAAAAUCACCUAAAAUAGACCACUGAGGAGACCAUAGAGCGAUUCCUUCAUGCACCCUCUAUUGCACUUUCUGACCAGGAGCUACUUUGAGUUCGGUGUUACUAGGAUCAGGGUCAGUCUUUCGUUUAUCAAUAAAUUUUAAUCUGUUAAUCUUACUUGCUUUAAAACAAAGUUCUUGUGUGUUAUCUUUAUUUAUUCCCUAGUUUGCAGAAUUGUCUGAAUAAAGGAUACAAGGAUUAUUUCAGUGUUACUGCACUGAAAAAUGUGUAUGUAUUAGUGUGCUACAUUAUUUAGCAGAAUAUUCACAAGUUUCUGUUGACCUUGUUGAUUGAGCAUGACUACUAAAUAUUAUGUAAUAAAAAGCAUUUAUCAUAACAGUCUUGUGAAGUAGUUCUUCAAAUACAGAGAGUUCUAUAAUUUAGCCCAUGAAAUGAUAGGUUUUUAAUUUCCAGAAAUAGAGCUGCAUGUAGAAUGAGAUCACAUGCUUUUUAUAUGUGAAAUGUUGGUUUUAGCAAUUAACAGAAGGCAUAUUUUGCUAAUUUUAUGACAAAAUUUUAGAAUAACCUGAAUGAUUAUUUUUAAACUAUCUUAAAGUUGUAUGUAUAUAUCUAAUGGGAAAAUGGAACAAGAGAUGUCAAUAUUGUUUUCCUAUUAAAUGAUCUCAUAACAGGGGUGUUUGUGGCAUAAAAUCACAGAAUAUAUAUCAGUAUCUUUUUUACAUUUUCCUGAUGAGAAUAUAAAUUUGAAAUAUUCUCAGUAAGUGAUUAAAAGUACAAUGCAUAAACCCAAAUCAAAGUAAUGUGUUUCUUCAGUUAUGUCUCUGCUGUAUAGAACUCUCACUAACAUUAAAGAACGAGGACACAUUUUCCAAGAUCUAUAAUUUCAUUGUUGUCACAUUUAUUUGUGAGUUUUUCAUUAAUCUAGCAUCUUGAACAUCUUUUUUUUGGUUUGGGCCUUUAAAAUUCUUCUGAACUGUAUUCCCUUUCCCUUUUAUAAUGUGCAUGUGAAUAAUUUAAAGUACCAGCUUUUGAUUUUGCUGCUUUUGUAGUUAUCAAAAUAGUUUACAUUUGUUCUGAGCAAACUAAGCUAUUGAAGAUGUUAAUGUAAUAUUUAGACUUGGGGGCAUUUUGGGUUGCUAUAUGUGAACUGCAGCAUAUGUCACUUGUAUUUGUUUGUGGAAGCAGAGUUUGUAUAUUGUUAGAAUCCUUUAAAAAGUUUGAGUCUAGGGCAAACCAGUAUUAGGCAUUCGUAUGCCAGCUGUUAGGACACAGCAGUCCUAGGAAGCAACAGCUUUGGAGACUCCAAGUUUCAGCUUCCUGACAGGUUAUAUGACGAGCAGAAUAUACUUAGGUAAAAUAUGUUCAACAAUGGGAGCAUUUUUGUUGCAGUUAAUAAUUAUGGACCAUGUUAAUCCAAAAGUAUCCUUUGAAUAUUACAGUAGUAGAUGCUGUUGAUCUUACUGGCCUAGAACUUAUUUUAAAAUAGUUUAAAUCCAAGCUUGUUAUUGAUAGAAAAGUAAUACAGGCUAAUCUAAGCAAAAAAUGUAAGGGAAUAAAGUCUACGUGCAUCAGCUGAACAGCCUUAGAAUGAGGAACUGAAUGGAUAUAUUUAUUAAUUUCCAUGGUAAACUUGAUACUGGUUUUCAUAAUAGAUACUAAGGGAAAUAAAGAGCCAUAUUUA